UCUUACCUACGUAUCUAUCCCGCUAUCUAUCAAUCUAUUUAUCUACUAGUCUACCUAUCUCCCCCUUUCGCUGUCUAACAUGAUCCCUUUUCGUAUAUUUCAUCAUUGACCUUUCGAUCUUCCGAGCUGUAUCUAUCUUUUAUUUGUCCCGGUACUUACUAAUCUAUCAUCAUAUAAUCUGCAAAGGAAUCUUUAUUAAAAUGGAUGAAACAACAAAUGGAAGGCGCAAAGCUAUCGUUACGAAGCAGCCGCACGGAGAUGCGGAUUCGAUUGAGUUACGUAACUGGGCUACACCUUCUUCUUCUUCCAAGGAGGGUUCUGCAUCUAAUCACAAUCGCAGAAUCCAGAGGGCCCUACAGGAUCUUCAGGGUGUCGAUGAGAUUAACAUCAGACAGACAUUGGAAACAAUUGGUUCGAGCUGUACCGGGAGUAAUGCCUACCACUUAGUAACAAGAGAGGGAGACGUGUUACUCAAUGCUUUUGAAGAAACAACUUGUUGCAGCCGAUGUUGGUGCGGCCCCGCCCGUUCUUUUCGUAUGUCGAUACAGAAUGCAGAAAGUGAAGAAAUAUUGCAGGUAGUACGCCCCCAUCGAUGUGAUGCAUGUUGCUGCCCCUGCUGUCUUAUGAAGUCCAUGGUACAAACGCCUGGGGGCUAUGUACUCGGCUACACCAAACAAAAUUGGUCACUAUGUGGGGCGGUGUUCACGAUAAUCAAUCGUAAUGGUCAUCGAAUCGCUGGUAUGGAAUCACCAUGCUGCCCGUGCAGAUGUUGUACUAAUAUCGAUAUAUCGAUUUUAUCUCGAAAUGGCGAGGAGGGUGCAGUCACCAAACGCUGGGGAGGGCGAAAGCAUAACACAAACAUGGACCAUGAGUUCUUCGUUCUAAACUUCCCAUCAGGAACUGAUCUCCAAACCAAAGGACUACUUCUUGGAUCAGCCUUUUUAGUCGACUACAUGUUCUUUGAGAUGACUUGAUGAUGGAAGAUGGACUAUAUUAGAGCAAAACAGAACUAGACAACUUAUACGGAGGAAAAAGCUAUAAGAAACAAAUCAGAAUUUGCCUUGAACGAAAGAAUGCGUGUAAUAGCAAGCAUAAACAUUAAAACCUAGAAAGGCAACAGGCCAUUUUCUUAAUGUAAUCAAAUUGAAUGCAUAAAUAGCAUAGCAUUCAUUAGUUGCUGCCAGGGACAGACAUUAUGGCUUGCCCAUGCAAUCCGCAUUAGACUUUUGAAAUACAAUUAUUUGUAAAC